AUGGAGUCCAAGGGGCUUUCACGCAAUAACAGAGAAAACAAGGCUAAGCCGAAGCGCAAAGAGAUAAUUGAGAAGAGGAAGGCUAUGGAUGCACUGAUAAAAGUAGCUUCUGCCGAAAAGGACUAUCUUUCUGCUUUCCCUGCCUUUCGCCAUUACCAAAUAAGCGGCCUAUCUGCAUUCUUGGAAUCAGGAAGGGGGGACAAGCUCUCCUCUCCUGUUAAGCAAUUCAUUCAAAAUCUCCUCAAGGCCAAUAUGGAGGGGCCGUAUGGAUCUGAGUGGCCUGCAGAAGAGAAGGUGAAGCGCAGGGAGAUGGUUGCCCCAGAAGCACGUUAUGUAUUUGUACGAAUUGCAAGUUUAGGUGAAUUCUUAACAACGUCUGAACGUGAAAAGACCGCAGCUAGUUGUGUAGAAGAGAGGGGCCCCAUAGUUGGGUUUGUACAUUUUCGCUUUGUCAUAGAGGAAGAAUUGCCUGUUCUUUAUGUGUAUGAAUUGCAACUCGAGCCUCGCGUACAAGGGAAAGGUCUGGGGAAGUUCCUAAUGCAACUAAUUGAGCUAAUUGCUUGCAAGAACCACAUGGGCGCUGUUGUUCUAACUGUUCAAAAAGCAAACUCCGCAGCUAUGAAUUUCUAUUUAUACAAGAUGAGAUAUGUUACAUCGACUAUAUCACCAUCAAGAGUUGAUCCAUUGAUAGGAAUUGAGAAGAGUUAUGAAAUUCUUUGCAAAACAUUUAGUAAUGAGGCUAAAGCUAUCUUGGAGUUUAACAGGAUGGUAAACUGGGCGCUCUUCCGUAAUUAUGUGCUGUCACACAAAGUCAGAGCUAUUGGGGUACUGGAUGAUGUAGUUAUAGGAGAAUGCAUUACUUACAAUGAUUUAGCUGCAGCACUACGUUCAGUAUUAUUACUCUUGAACUCACAGAAUCACUAG